AUGGUCGUUUUCUUUGUAGUCUAUGGAUUCUUUUUUAUGAAGUCCAAUGAUUGGUGGCGUUUUCCAAUAGCGAUUCAGAUUGUGCCAGCGCUAAUCCUAGCGGUUGGUUGCUGGGUUUGGGUGCCGCCCUCGCCUCGAUGGCUCGUCACGCAGGAGCGAUACGACUGUGCACAUGAAGUGCUCUGCCGUUUACAUGGUUCAGACGUCGCCGAGCUCGAAAUCAAAGAGAUCCGUGAAUCGCUCGAUGUCGAAGAUGCAUCUACACAGGCAACAUGGGCAGACAUGUUCAAAGGGGCUGUGCUUUGGAUAACCUUCCUUGGCACUACUAUCCAGUUUCUCCAGCAGAUCACGGGAACGAAUGCCAUUUUCUACUAUGCACCAACUCUUUUCAUGAAAGGUGGCUUGAGUGCAGAGGCUGCUAACUUGGCGACCGCUGGCGUUGGUGUCGUUCUUUUCCUUGCAGCCUGGAUACCUGUCAUGUAUUUUGAUAGGCUUGGGAGAAAGACUUGGCUCCAGAUCGGUACAGUAGGCAUGUUCUUCGCCCUCAUCGGCAUAGCAAUGCUUUUACGACACGCCGAGCACCAUCCCGGCGAUGCAGCAAACAACGCCAUUGUCAUCUUUCCGUAUUUCUUCUACACCUUUUUUAAUAUGAGUUGGAGUUCCGGGUCUUGGACUUAUGCAGCCGAAAUUUUUCCCAGUGCUCUGCGCGCCAAAGGUAAUGCUCUCUGCACCGCAUCGCUCUGGAUCUCGAACUUCAUCGUCGCACAAACUACUCCCCCCAUAGCUAGUGCCAUUGGAUGGGGGCUUUAUAUAUUGCUGGCAUUAUUCUGUGUCGUUGCAUUCUUAUUUGUUCGAUACGCCCUAAUUGAAACAAGAGGGCGCACAUUGGAGGAAAUGUCCCAACUGUUUGGCCUUGAUGAUCUCUCAGGAAAAGCCAACGACGGCAAUUCCGAACGCAAUGAGUUGCUUCGGUCCAGUAUUGACUCUACGAGAGAAGACGACCAUGAAUGA